GGCAGAGUGAUGGAAAAUGAAAGGUGGGGUAAUGGCAGGUUGCAGGCAACGCACAGAGGUGGGUUAUCACGUCACCUCAGCGAAUGAUCUUCACUCGUAUCAUCUCACCUCUUUACCCUUUCUUCUUGUCCUCUCCUUUCCCCUCCUUUUCUGUUCAUCCAAAUUCCUCAUUCCUUUUCCUCAAUCUCACGGAAUUAAAUUAAACCCUCCAAAACAAAAAUUUACCAUUUUUACAUCGUUCCAGGAUGCUCUGCAAAAUUCUGUGCUUCUAGACUCUCGAAUAAGAAUCUGCCUUCUGCAUCACAAGUUGGAGAUUCCUGCCCGCUAUGCUUUUCACGGCUACAACUGCUGAUUUAUUCAAUCUUUUAGAGAUUACAGAAAACGGUGGUAUCAGCGUUGAAUUCCGUGUUUCAGUUGCCCUGUGAAAUUAAAAUAAUAGCAGGUUUUUCGUGUGGUUUAGGUGUUUUGAGUUGAAUUCCUUGUUUUGCUUGCCGUGAGAAAUCACAAUAAUAGCAGGUCUAUUCUUAUGGUUUUGGUAUUUGUUUCAUAAGGCAGCUGACAAAAAACCAUGGCCGUGAAAUAUUUAAGGUUUUUGAUAUUUAAAGCUGUGUGGAGAAAUAUUUUCCAAGAAUGAAGAUUUGGCUCGCAAACUGAAUUUUUAGGACAGUAAACGGCGAUUUUCCGCUUAUUUGUCUGUUGACUUCUAGGCCCUAAGAAAUUUGAGCAGCAGGAACGAAUCUCUCAGAUUGUAAAUGAAGGUUGCGAUGAAGCUCCAGCAGAAGAGGUCCGGGGAUCAAACAGGCUGGAAGGUUGCGAGCAGAAAAUCUAAAAAUAUGAAGCAAAAUUACGGAAAAUUGAACUCUAACAAGAAUUUUGCUUCAUACAAACCUCAAUGUAAGCAGAGCCAAGGUUAUUUGAGAACUGAAAAUAAGAAACGGCGUAAUUUAUUCGAAACUAAUAAGACCAUUUUGUUAGAAGGAAGCCCUGUUUGUGCCCCUUGCAAUACAUCAUCUGACAUAAUAAAAUCCAAAAAGUGUGGUAGAAUCUCAAAUUGCUCUGCCUCAGGGGGCUUUAUUACGCAAGAUGACGAGCAGUGCGGCGUAGACGCCUAUGGUUCCAUGAAGGCUUUCUGGAGGAUUCGCCAUAAAAGUCAGCAAAAUACUGGUGAUUUUGAAACCAGGCUUGAUAGAUGUAUAGAAAUCCGGGACGAAAAGGUUGAGCGAAGAUUCGAUGAGGAUUUGAGCCGCUUUGAAAUGAUUUACCCGUCUAAGUAUGAAAUCUGCCCUCGGGUCCUUGAGACCCGUAUUAAUGAGCAGGAUGACCAGAUUGCUUAUCUGGAAGAAGAGGGAACGAGCUUAAGAGAAAGAGUGAACAAUAUGGAGCAGGGGAUUGAUAGUCUAAAGCUCCGCAUGCGAGUAUUAGAAGUUGCUAAUGCUUUCAAAUCCACUGAAAUUCUCUCUGGCGAGGCCUCCUUUGCCUGAUUUAUGGAAUUAAAUGACAUGCCUUUACACAAUUAGACAUCGAAACCCACUCUUGGGGAUUCUUACACCUGAAUUUUAA